UCUAAAGGAGCCUGGGCAUCUCAGCGGAGAUCACUUGCAUAGCGAGCGAAGAUAAUGCAGUGGCGGACGCGCUAAGUCGCCGCGUGCCGCAGAACGACUCAAGAUCGAAUUCGAUCAGCCCCCGUGUGGCUACUUCGAGGAAAGACCGGGCUAUUCGGAGCGAGCUGUCUAGCUCGAGUUGUCUUGGGUCCGACUCAAGAAAGACAUACGCGACCGUCAAAAGGGGCUACGAUCGGUCCAUCCAUUCUACCGAUACAUCAAACCGGACGAAGCCAUUCUGCGCGCAUGGUCCGGCAGACUGCUGUCGGGUUUGGGGCCUUCGGGUGCUCAACCCGCUGGCGCGGCUCAGAGCGACAGCAUCGUGGCGGCUCAGGCCCCAAGCUCGGCGAUUGCAAGCCCAAGCCAUACGCUCCAAGACGGAUCGGAAGUCACGGAAUUACUUGCGGAAGACCGAUUCAUUCGUCGUUCAGCCUUAGGCGCCAACGGGGCAACAAACGUCAUCCAAACUGCUACAAACUGUUUCGCUUACGCCUUGUCAGUUCUACGGCUUCGCCGCCUCGACUGCGAAGACUUCGUUUGCUUUCAACAACGCCGGCAGGACUCAGCCUGACAAUCGCGACUACAAUUCCUUCACAGUCAGAGGGUUCUGUCAUCUGGCCGCUCAUUCACCUUCUACCUGGCAUACGUCUUCAACGGCCGCGCAAUCGAUCACGCUCUCCUCGCUUAACUCCAGAGAGAUGAUGUGUUACCUGAAGAUGUGCGAUAUGUUCUCACGAUCGGAGGUGCGGAACGACCUCACUGGAAACCGGCAUAGUCAACUGCUUGCAUGGCUUGUUUGGGCCUCGAUGCAUCUCGGAUCCAUU